AUGAUGGCCAUGAACGCCAAGCAGCCUUUCGGCAUGCACCCGGUGCUUCAAGAACCCAAAUUCUCCAGCCUCCACUCCGGCUCUGAGGCCAUGCGCCGAGUCUGUCUCCCAGCCCCGCAGCUGCAGGGUAAUAUAUUUGGAAGCUUUGAUGAGAGCCUGCUGGCACGCGCCGAAGCUCUGGCGGCGGUGGAUAUCGUCUCCCACGGCAAGAACCAUCCGUUCAAGCCAGACGCCACCUACCAUACCAUGAGCAGCGUGCCCUGCACGUCCACUUCGUCCACCGUGCCCAUCUCCCACCCGGCCACCCUCACCUCGCAUCCGCACCACGCAGUGCACCAGGGCCUCGAGGGCGACCUGCUAGAGCACAUCUCGCCCACGCUGAGCGUCAGCGGCUUGGGAGCCCCCGAGCACUCGGUGAUGCCAGCACAGAUCCACCCGCAUCACCUGGGUGCCAUGGGCCACCUGCAUCAGGCCAUGGGCAUGAGCCACCCACAUGCCGUGGCGCCUCAUAGCACCAUGCCCGCAUGCCUCAGCGACGUGGAGUCGGACCCGCGAGAGCUCGAGGCCUUCGCGGAGCGCUUCAAGCAGCGGCGCAUCAAGCUGGGGGUGACCCAGGCGGACGUGGGUGCGGCUCUAGCCAACCUCAAGAUCCCCGGCGUCGGCUCGCUCAGCCAGAGCACCAUCUGCAGGUUUGAGUCUCUCACUCUUUCGCACAACAACAUGAUCGCCCUCAAACCGGUGCUCCAGGCCUGGCUGGAGGAAGCCGAGGCAGCCUACCGAGAGAAAAACAGCAAGCCGGAGCUCUUCAACGGCAGUGAGAGGAAGCGCAAACGCACGUCUAUCGCGGCACCGGAGAAGCGCUCGCUGGAGGCCUACUUCGCUAUCCAGCCGCGGCCCUCAUCCGAAAAGAUCGCGGCCAUCGCCGAGAAACUGGACCUUAAAAAGAACGUGGUGAGGGUCUGGUUCUGUAACCAAAGACAGAAACAGAAACGAAUGAAGUACUCGGCUGUCCACUGA